GUGCCACUUUCAGGUCUCCUCACACUGCUGGUGUGUUCCAUUUUUUGUCAUAGGGUGCUGGCAGAUUACGGGCCUCCCAUUGCUGCUGCCAGGCCCGUAAUCUGCCAUGGGCCCCUGUACCGCCUCCUCAUGCUGCUGCCAGGUCCACAGUCUCUCAUGGGUCCCUGUACGGCCUCCCAUUGCUGCUGUCUCCAUCGCCACACUCUGCCAUGUGCCACUUUCAGGUCUCCUCACACUGCUGGUGGGUUCCAUUUUUUCAUAGGGUGCUGUAUGGCCUCCCAUUUCUGCUGCCUCCACCGCCACACUGUGGCUCCACACUCUGGUUUUGGCCCCGUGACUGCCCAAAUGAGUGAAGUGUGCGGUGAUUCUAAGAUCGACGGCACUCAUCUGCAUGUCAUACUG